GGAAAUGCCAUUUGUGUCAAAAUGGCUGAUGUUUGUCUGUGCUCAAGACAACAUAAAAUUAUGAAAUUGGGCCAUUCAUGAGGUCUUUUAAGAAUUAAGAAAGUAAAGAAUGGUGGUGAAACUUGCCCACCGAUUCCUCAGCUUACCACCAACAGCAUCUUGAAGUCCAUUGUGCAUCAGAAGUCAUCUAAUUUCUUCCUUUCACCCAGAGCAAAGUCAAGAUCACAAUCAUGGGAACUGGAGUACCACUGCUGAACGAUUACAAGCAGGAGUUUUUCUGGAAACGAUUUCCACAGACUGUCCUAGGUGGUCCAAAGUUCCGCCUUGGCUAUGAUGCACCAGCUUACGUUUAUCUGAAUCAGAUUCUUCUUUGGAUUAUUCCAUGGCUACUUGGCGGCAUUUUCACCCUUGUUUUGGAAUUGAAUUACAGCGAUGAAGUCAUACAGGAGCAGCUGCUGCUCUAUUGCUGUGUCUAUGGUGCGUGUAUGUUUAUAUUUGUGCUUGUGCUGCAAGUCAUCAGCACUGUCGUCAAAAUGCAACAAACUGAACUUGACUUGAAAAUACGAAACAAGAAAAAUUUAUUUGCAGAAGAGGAUGAAAUUGACUUUGAGUCCUGCUGUGGAGCAGAGACUGUUGAGUUUGUUACCCCACCAAAAAGUUACAAAUUCAACAUUUUCUUUCAUGCUCUCGUGUCUGGAGCGAUGUGUGGAUUGACUCUGUGGUAUCUGUUGCCCUACACACUAAACCGACUGUACGGUUUUAACUAUGGCGCUACUGCUGUGUUGCAUAUUUUUGGUUGGUUGACUCUUUGCAUGGCUCAGUACUCUUUGACAGCGGCACCCCCACCUGAGCCAGCUAUUUUCAAAACAAUGGAUGUUUAUGAGAUAGCCCCUCUCAUGCGACCAUUUUAUGUUCUAGUCUGUACAUCUCUCCAUGUGUUAUACUGGUAUUAUGACACUUUCCAAGUAGCCAACCAGGUUCUCCACAUCCUGUUUGCUGUCCUUCCUCUCUUGUGGGUGACUGGUAUCCUCCCACCAGUCGAUGCCCUUUUCCUCUGGCUUAUGGAGCAGGUGCAUGUGUUUCUCCUCGGAGGCUCACCCAUGGCUUCUAAUGCAAGAUUGAUUGUGCUACUUGUUCUCUCUAUUGGAGCUUAUUUGGCAGCCUACUUCAUUCCUUUUGUGUUUGCAACAGUCGUCAUUUCAGCCAUAUUUGGCUACAUUCUUAGCAUUGACCUCGGUCAUCUAGGCACACAGAUCUGGAACCUGUGCCGAACUACAAACAGGAUAUCCUCCAGUCAGAAUCUUCGAGAGUCCCAGCGGGUGGCUAAAAAUGAAGGAUUUCUAUGGACAUGGGGCUUAGCAACAUUUGCAUAUCAUUUCAUCAUGUUUGCUGUAAUUGUGGGAGAAAGUGCAGCACUUAAUUACUACUCUCAAAGUAUUAGCACCAGUGUCAAGGACAUCCUGGGCUAUGCCAUCAUUGGAGUUUGUGUAGCAGAGAAACUGCUACGAGAUUCACAAGGCGUGUAUGUGUUCUUUGGACUCUACAGGAACAUACUGUUUCCUCACAGCUGCCAGAUUCAGAGGGUCUACAGAAGAAGGAAGACUCAGCUUCUGUACCUGGGCUUGAUGAGGAGAGUGUUUAUUACAUUUGUUGGCCCAUUAUUGAUGCUGGCCUACUUGUCUCUCAUCGUCACGCAGACCAAUGUGAUGACGUCAUCUGCAACAGAAGGACUGGAUAUGUACCAUGCCAUAUGGUACACAUUCGGUGUUGUCCGAGCUUUCAGAGUGACUUGGCAGAGCAGUGUCCAUGCCCUCCUGGAGAUGUCGGUGCUGCACAUCUUCACCCUGGCCAGCUCCGCCACUGUUACGUCCCUGGGAGCACCCCUACUCCUCCUCAUCAUCGGACUGGCUCGAGACAGACUCUUCCAGCUCAUGAACAAACUCUACUUCUUUUUUGUCCUGAUCUCCACCUCCUGGCUUGACAAGAAACAGCGACGUGGCUCUACUGCCAUUGUCAUCUUCCUCUCUCUCAUCUUCUUCCCCAUCAUUUUGGCAAUACUUGGGGCGGCUGCUGCUCUUUCAGCCCCCCUCCUACCUCUCUUCACCCUGCCACUAUUUUUUAUUGGGUUUCCACGUCCCCAGAAGUUUUGGGCGGAGGCUGUAGGUGGAUCUGCCAAUGUGUGCACUGAUACAGUCUACUACAGACAGUUCACACCCCAGUUUGCAAGAGGCCUCAAGGCUGCAUUUGCCAAUGGGAGUCUAGGCGAGCCAAAGCCAGGCAAUCACUACCUGGUGCGUUUCCAGGACCGCCUCCUGUGGCUGAUGAUCCUGGAGCGAGGGGCUGGCUUCUGUACCGUCAGUGUCAAGGGGCUGGAGCUGCAGGAGACUUCCUGCCACACAGCCGAGGCAGCCCGACUAGAUGAUAUUUUUGAAGUAGCAUUUGAGAAGGAGGGAGGAUUCUCACCUUGCACCUUUAACAAAUACCCCUUGCACUCUCUGACCCCCAUGGAUUCAGCCAAAGUGAAAACAUACUCUGAUGCACGGAAUGUGUUGACGGGUGUGAUUGACACUCGGGACAGUGUCAACGCCACCAUGGCAUUCUUUGUGAAAAGCCUUGUGUGGGUGAUCCUUCAUCAUGUCAACAAGACAAAGAGAAAAGAAGAAAGUAUUAAAAAAGCACAACCUGUGAUAGAAAGUAAAACCAAUGAGGAAAUUAAUCACAACCACCACACAUCUGAUCUGAAUAACAAACGAAACAAUACAGUGACAAAUGUGCAGUCGGUAAACAAUUCUUUGAUUAAGAACAACCUUGCUGCAAUUGACAAUGGAGCAAGGCCACCAUCAGCCCAGUCAGUUGGCAAGAAGCAGAGGAAAGCUUCUUGGUCAUCUUCAAUUCACAGUUUUACUGAUAGUAUUUGGUCUGAUGACUUUGAUGCAGACAGUGACAAUCGUAAAAAGAUGAAUCUGAGAACAUCGAAGAACACGAUGUCACAGCCCAAAGCACCCUCACCCGCUCCAUACUCACAGGCGGCCAAACCUACAAAGAAGAUGUUUGAUAAUGAAAUUGAUGAUUUGUUGGAUGAUUUUGAGUUUGGGUUCCCUGCACAAGACAUGUCUCGACCUAAGAAGCCAGUGGCAGCUGCUGUGUUUUCAAAGCCGGUCACAAACUCCAAAAUGAAUCCUGUCAACCAUAUAUACAAACCCGUCACCAACUUGGCAGGUUCUCCAGACUUUAAGUGUCAACAUUCCUCCCACAUCAGCCUGCCUGUCAAGUGGCGGGAGCUGCCUAUAGAGUACUCCCAACUGUCCAGGCAUAUCGGUCAGUUCCCGGUCACCUGGUACCGCAGUGUGCUCAGCCUUUUGGACUGGUCAGCCACAGGAUUGCCAGGGGAGAAAGUAGCCAUUGAUGUGGGUGCCGAUGAUGCGCUGACCAACUGCUAUUCACAGUUGAUUAUGGCUUGCUUUUCUGCAUUUGAUAGUCAAAACAAGCCAAAUGGCCCCAACUAUCUGUACAAGUGUUACACAGGUGAUGUUCCGUGGAACGCCAUGAUGGACUGGCUGGCAGAGGACAAGGAACUAUACAACCUGGUCAUCAAAGCAUUCAGAUACGGGUUGAAGCUGAUGAUAGAUGAGGUGCUGCUGGGGCCGAUCUCUUCGGAUGAGGAGCUGAUCGAGUACCUCCAGGACUAUGAUGACAGCUGGUACAUUGGGCGUGAUAGUGAUCCGCAGUGGAGCAAGUCUGUGUUGGCCAACACCAACAAUCUGUUCUCUCUUGGACACAACUCCAUCCAGGGAACGUAUAGCAGUCGGGUGCUGUCCCUCCAGGAUGUCAUGGUGCACAUCGGACGACUUAGCCCAGAGGUUGUCCGAGGUCAGUGGGCCAACCUCAGCAUGGAGCUUCUCUACCUGACCAACGACGAUGAGGAGCGCUACAGCAUUCAAGCACAUCCCACCAUUUUAAGAAAUCUGACAGUGCAGGCGGCUGACCCUCCCCUCGGCUACCCUAUCUUUUCAUCUGAGCCACUCACUAUUCCUACAUUGUAGAGGCCCUACAAGGGGGGCCUUGACAGCAAGGACUGGGGCUAUGAUGAAUUAUGCUGUAUAAUGCUAUGGAAUAUUUGAAAACAUAACGUGAUACAUGUCUUUGGUAUAGUUUUAGAUAUCAGUUUGUGAUGUCUCAACUCUCAAGGUGAGGUAUGAAACUCAAACUAGGUACCACUUUAUUACCUGUUGAUAAUGAUUUUCUAUGUUAAACGAAAUUGAUCAUGCUAUUUUUCUUCAUAAGUAUGAAAAAUGUGGAGUGUUGUGAAGCAAGUGCCAAUGAUUUGAUGUGAGGAUAUUGACUCAAAUUGAAUAUAAUAAUGGAUUUCUAUUUGACUGUUGUGAAAAAAGAAACAUUUGCCCUUAAAAAUCAAGUAACGUUCAUGCUUUGAUGGGUGACCCUCCGAGAAACUGAUUUAGUGUGGCGUCUAACAUUGAUUAAUGCUCACGCUAUCAACCCCUGGUCUACAUGUACUCUGUUACAGUGAACAUUGCUGUGCUAAACCCUACCCACCCACUCAAUGGAACAUGUGAAUACUGUUGUCCCACCUCCCGAUACUGUUGCAUGGAUGCUUAAGUAUGCUUAGUGUCUCGGUUUCUGUCUUACAAACAUUUGUGAGGAUAAUUAAUAUGUUAGCUGUAUGUUGUUCAUGUGUAUCGGUGCAAGCCACCAUCAAGGUCACAUGUUUUGUUGAUACGACUACAUAAACGUGGAGCUAAUUAAUAUGGAACAUGCAAAGUAUGAUAUACUGAGAGAAACAAAUAAAGGAUCACCGGAAAAUUCAAGCGUUCCUUCAAUAUUUUCCAGUUUUCAU